AUGUCUGGAAGAGGCAAGACUGGAGCAAAGGCCCGGGCCAAGGCGAAGACUCGCAGCUCCCGCGCCGGUCUGCAGUUUCCCGUGGGCCGUGUCCACCGUCUCCUCCGCAAGGGGAACUACGCCGAGAGGGUGGGCGCCGGAGCCCCGGUCUACCUGGCCGCCGUGCUGGAGUACCUCACCGCAGAGAUCCUGGAGCUGGCCGGCAACGCCGCCAGGGACAACAAGAAGACCCGUAUCAUCCCCCGCCACCUCCAGCUGGCCGUCCGCAACGACGAGGAGCUGAACAAACUGCUCGGUGGCGUGACCAUUGCCCAGGGCGGCGUCCUGCCCAACAUCCAGGCCGUCCUGCUGCCAAAGAAGACCGGCCAGGCUGCGCCGAGCUCCGGCAAGGCGGGAAAGAAGGCCUCCUCUCAGUCUCAAGAGUAUUAG